AUGGACUGGAGAAGAGCAAUUCAGCGGCGGACCAGGAGUAUAAAAAGCCCACGACCUCUCAAGGAGUGGAGCAGGGUUGCUUUGGAGCUCUUUCUUUGUUGCUACGACUGGACCCCUCCCCAGCAGCCUGAGGGGCUUCCCUGCCGGGAUACCACACCCUCCACUACAGCUGAGCUGCGCCCUAACCAAGUGCCUGCUGAAGGUAACCGCAGCGGCCUGAGGAGCUCACCUGCCGGGAUACCGGACCCUCCACUACAGCUGAGCUGCGUCCUAGCCAAGCGCCUGCUGAAGGCAAUGGAGCACUUUCUGACGGAGCAUCCCUGCCUCCCACUAUGCAGAGCAGAAGAUGUUGAGUCUUGGACCUAUCGCAUGAGAAGAGAGUUGCAGGAAAUAGUACCUGGAUUAUUUCUUGGCCCAUAUUCUUCUGCUAUGAAAAAUAAGCUCCCUGAAUUGCAAAACCGUGGAAUAACCCAUGUCAUAUGCGUAAGGCAAAGCCUUGAAGCCAAAUUUAUCAAGCCUAACUUCCCGCAGAUCUUGAGGUAUUUAGUUUUGGAGAUAGCAGAUACUCCAGUUGAAAACAUAGUUCGCUUUUUCGCCAUAAGUAAAGAAUUUAUUGAUGGAAGCUUGCAAGGAGGAGGAAAAGUACUCGUCCAUGGAAAUGCAGGGAUUUCCAGAAGUGCUUCCUUGGUUAUUGCAUAUGUUAUGGAAACAUUCAGAAUGAAGUUCAACGAUGCCUUUAUCCUUGUGAAGGGAAAAAGAUACUGUGUUUAUCCUAAUGCUGGAUUUGUCCGCCAACUUCAGGAAUAUGAAGACAUUUAUCUUGCAAAAUUAGCUGUACAACCAUCGCCACUGAAAAAGGAACAAGGGGUAUCUUUUCAAGCUGAUACAAGUGGCAACUUGAAGCCAAGGCAUGAAGAGGAAGAGGAAGAGGAACCUGGAACUAAAUACAGGGCAGUUGUGUAG